GACGUAAUCAUGGGAACUUUCGCGUUAUGCAAAUCUGAAUGGAAAUAAUAUAACGCGUGAUAAUUUAGAGGUCAGCCGUCCUGAAUCUAUCCGUUUCUCAGAAUACCAGAGACCUCCCGGGAAAACUCGAAUUGAAUACGGUGAAACAAGAAAAACCGUGGAACAUGUCUUUGAGCAAAAUUAGUCUGAGGGCUCUCACGAGGAUCGCCUGCAGGAACCAAGCGAAGGCAUUCUCAAAUGAUUCGCCAACGUUUCCUGGAGCGGCGACAUCAUGGACGGAGAAACUAGAAUUCCUAACGCCGAAAACUUAUGGUCCAAUUCCGGUGUAUAGGGUGAUGGAUAGGAAGGGCAACGUUAUACAUUCGGAGCAGGAUCCAAAGCUUAGCGAGGAAAUCAUCACUAAAAUGUACAAGGACAUGACGAAGCUCAACGUAAUGGAUAAGAUUUUGUACGAAUCUCAGAGGCAGGGCAGGAUCUCAUUCUAUAUGACAAGUUACGGCGAGGAGGCAACGCACAUUGGAAGCGCGGCAGCUUUGGACUUGGAGGACCUUGUCUACGGACAGUACAGAGAGACGGGGGUGCUGGUUUGGCGUGGAUUUAAGUUAAGCCAAUUUAUGAACCAGUGCUACGGCAAUACCGAUGAUGUUGGCAAAGGGAGGCAGAUGCCCGUGCAUUACGGUAGCAAAGAUCUCAACUUCGUCACGAUAUCCAGUCCACUUACCACACAGCUACCGCAAGCAGUGGGCGCGGCCUACGCCCUCAAGGGCAAGAAUCGUGUCGUCAUUUGCUAUUUCGGCGAAGGCGCGGCCUCUGAGGGAGACGCCCACGCCGCCUUCAAUUUUGCAGCUACCCUUGAUUGUCCGGUCAUCAUGUUCUGCAGGAACAACGGUUACGCCAUUUCUACUCCUAGUCGGGAACAAUACGCCGGUGACGGUAUCGCUUCCAGAGGACCUGGUUAUGGAAUUCACACUCUCCGUGUUGAUGGAAACGACGUAUUCGCCGUCUACAACGUCACGAAGAAAGCCAAGGAAUACGCUCUGAAAGAAAACAAACCGGUCAUCAUUGAAGCUUUGACAUACAGGGUUGGUCACCAUUCCACGUCGGACGACAGCACAGCGUACAGACCCAAGGAAGAAGUGGAACACUGGUCCAAGACGGAAUCGCCCAUAAACAAGUUGCGAAUGCAUAUGGAGAGCAAAGGUCUCUGGGAUGAGACCAAGGAAAAGGCAUGGCUUGAAGAAGUUAAGAAGGACGUAAUGACCUCCUUCGCUGCCGCUGAAAAGAGACCCAAACCCAACUGGAAAGAAAUGUUCCAAGACGUUUACAAAUUUAUGCCUACCCACUUGAAGGAACAAAUGGAUCAAAUGGAGAAACACGUGGAACAAUACAAAGACAAAUAUCCGGUGAAAGACUAUGCUAAUUAAUUACAUCACAAUUAGGCAAUGCAAAUAUAUACAAUAACUAGAUAAUUUCAGGGUGGAAAGACUGUGGUCAAUAGACUAUUGUUUAUAUGUUAUUCAUGUAUGCAAUAAAUUAUUGUUAUUAUGAAAUA